AUGUUUCCCAUACUGCCUCUUGACCUCCUGCUCGCGGCGGGCACCCGUCUGGCGUCUGCUACAACCCUCCCCCAACCCGAUAACAUCACCAUCGCCUCGAUUAACGUGGAAGGGACUGGCUGCCCCCAAGGCACCAUUUCGACAGCUGUCAGCGCCGAUCGAACAACCAUAACAUUUGGAUUUGACGACUUUCAUCCGUAUAUCGGCCCCGGCAUAUCGCACGCGGACAAAACCAAAACAUGCAACAUGACGCUCACGCUCAGCCAUCCCCUGGGAUACAAUUUUGGGAUUCUGGACACAGUCUACCACGGAUUUGCACGCUUGGACGCCAACUUGACUGCAACACUUUGGUCGUCUUAUACCAUAGCCCGCGAUGGAGCAGGAAACGACACGCUCCAAACGAAAGCAAACAUCGCUGGGGAGCUGGUUGGGGUCUUUACACGCACCGAAGCCGUCACCGAGGAGUCGGAGCUUGCCUCGAGGUGCGGCAGAGACAAAAGCCAAUUGCAAGUUACCACACGGGCGACCUUAACCUCCAGCUCCUCGUCGACCUCGGGCGGCUGGGAUGAGGAGCCUCCAUUUUCCCUUAUGGUCCAGCAAAUUCGUCUCAGGUGGUCGACUUGCAAGGAGUGA